AUGGCACAUUCAAAGGUUCUGACUUCUGUUCUACACCGUCAGGAUUUAUCUCGACGUUCAUCGUGCUCCCAACAAGCAUUGAAUCGCCGUGCACACCUUGUUUUUGGCGCCAAAGCUAACGAAAUGAAAUGUCCUAUUCAAAGGAGGGGUGGACGAGACCUUUCGUUGUCUUCAUCACUUUUUAGGCCCUUACCCUCGCGAUGGCUUAGCUACUAUCAGGUUAAUCCGGACGAACCUUUGAGCAGACGGUUGGCAGCACCAACCCCUUCGUGCUUGCCCGGAGGUUACGAUUCAAAGAGGGUUGGGGCGAGAUAUUGUCUUCGUCACCUUUGCAGCGCUUAUCCUCGAGAUGAUCCAGGCGAAGCUCUGAGUAGACCAUCGGCGGCAGCAGCUAAACGUCGUGCCCACACUAUGCUUCAUAUCCCCAGAGGUUACGAUUCAAGCCUUUCCCGCCAUUGCGGCCCUUAUCCUCGAGGAUGGCUCUGCAAUUAUCAGGUUCUUUCAGCUUUUCCUGCACAGAAUCCAUACGAAGUUCUGAGUAAAUUACCUGCUGCAACUAUGCAUCAAGCCCGGAUAAUGACUCCCCCCGUGCUUGACGAUAACAUCGUUCUCGUGGUUAUGCAGGUUCUUGCCAACGAUGCACUCUGCAGUGCCGAGAACAAGAGUUGGAUUCGAGCAGGUUCAAUUCCCUUGCUUAUGAGCUAUUUCCUAGGGGUACUACCUUAG